CUCAUGCCCUUCUUCUCUCUUUGCAGGUGACCCCCCUUUCGGCUUGGUUCUCAUCUUGGGGGGGCCCUGGCUGCUCAGCCCCCCCAAACUCCGCACUCCCUGAAUCACGGCUCUAGCCAACCUGCUUCGCUGCUUCACCUGCGACCGUCUGUGUGGGGGCUGCACAACACCCGCCCCCCCGCCCCGCCAGGGCGUGGCUCUUCAGCCCGUCAUGCCCAGCUGUGAGCCGGUGCCACCUGCCGCCUGCCUGCCCGCCAAGACCUUCCGCAGCUACCUGCCCCGGUGCCACCGCACCUACAGCUGCAUCCACUGCCGGGCACACCUGGCCAAGCAUGACGAGCUCAUCUCAAAGUCCUUCCAGGGGAGCCAUGGGCGUGCCUACCUGUUCAAUUCUGUGGUUAACGUGGGCUGUGGGCCAGCAGAACAGCGCCUCUUGCUCACCGGGCUCCACUCUGUGGCUGACAUUUUCUGUGAGAACUGCAAGACCACCUUGGGGUGGAAAUAUGAACAAGCCUUCGAGACCAGCCAGAAGUACAAGGAGGGAAAGUACAUCAUCGAGAUGUCACACAUGGUGAAGGACAAUGGCUGGGAGUGAGGGGGUGGGCUGCAGCCAUGCCCUCAGCAGCAUGCCCUGUCCAUACACGCUGCCACACCACCCAUCCCAGCACGACACCCUCGCGAUCCUGCCCUCUGCACAAGCAUUGCCCUUAGGGAGUGGGGGGCACAGGAUCCUCAACCUAUCCACCCUAGCUGGGAGAGCUUGCCAAACAUGACUAGCACACAGGGAAUUCCUUUCCCCCGCCAGGCACCAGAGCUGGGCACAGACUGGAAGGCUGGCCCUGAGGUGGCAAUCCUGUGGGCUCAGAGCCUGCAGACAGCAACACCUGCUAAGCACCUUGAGGUGCAGAUCCCACCAAGGAGCACAGAGCCUGGCAGAGGCAUCCCUUGACUCUGUAUGUGGGCAUGGGGUCCAAGUCUCCUUCCAGCUGUGGGGCAUCUCCCACACUGCUAACCAGGGGCUGCUCUGUGGUGCAGGAGAGUGGAGAAAGCACAAGGAUGGUCUGCCCUGGCACAGGGCUCAGGUGGAUGAUGACAAGAAGAAACAGUUGUCCAGGCCUGCUCAUGGGACUGUGGGUAAGGAGACCAAGAGGAUCAGUGCUCUCCCUGUCCCCUUCUGGCCUGGGGCAAAAAAGUUGAGGCUGGGCACUAGUAGUAAUGGUGUGAGGCCCGGAACAGGCCUCAGUCCUGGUACAGGAGGUAAGAGGCUGACCCACAGCCCCAUGGAAGGGGCUUGGUGUGGAAUGAAGCAUGGGGGUUGGUGGAGAGGGUCAGGGCUGGUCCCCAUGGUAUGGGGAUGGGAGGGCGAAAGGGAGCAGGUGCAUGUUACAAAGGUCAGGGCUGGUCCCCCUGGCAUGUGGGGGAGGGAGCAGGGGCACAUCAUGAAGGCCAGGGCUGGUCUUCCCAGCCUGCAGGUUCAGGGUAGUAGAGAACAGGGAUACUCACAAAGAUCAGGGCUGCCCCGCCCCCCCCGCCCCUUUCCCAUCCCCUGUGUCAUCCAUUCCACUCUUCCCACAUCUGUGUCUCCCCUUCCCAGGCGCUACAUGCACUACCCUGUCCGCUCUGUGGGUUACCAUGUCCUGUUGAUCUUAGGGACCGCCUCCUCCCACCUUGCCCACUGAUGCCCUGCUGGGGAGAGGUGGGCAGGGGCAAUGCCGUAGCUCCAUCACCAGCGCACGAGGUUUUUGUAUGAUCAAUAAAGGCAUUUUUUAUAAAA